AUGAGCACCUAUAAUGGACCUACCACCAACCAAGGUGCAAUCAUUGAAAUUGAUAAAGAUGGUGAUUUGGUGAUAAACAUCACUGAGCACGAAACAAUUCGGGAUAGGCAAAUUUUUGAGAAUGGCACCGGAAGGGAGUCGAUUACGACAACUACAGAACGAGAGAAAUUUGCAAUGAUACGGGUUGACAGCUCUCAGCUGGCAGCGCAUAGUUCAUCCUUUAAGUGUGUGCUUAAUGGGAAACGGCAAAACGGGAAGAAAGAAACGAUUACGUUCAAUAAAGAUACAAUUAAGAGCAUGGAGUUGUGGUUUCGGCUAUUCCAUUCCGAAUUAGCUUCCGAUCAUAUACCGUCUAUUCAGAUUGUCGAUGACAUGGCUCCAUGGUUUGUGAAGUGGUUUUACACCAAAAUAGACCAGAUAUUCUCCGAUAUCAUCCAUUGUCGCCAGAUGCUCUUUCCCUGUUAUUAUUUCAACUUUGCGAAUGGAUUCCAGGUAAGGUUGCCCGCUGUUGUUCCUAAACGUCUUAACGCAUCUCGACAACAUUUUCGAAAGAUUAUCCACAAGGGACUCUUCAGUUAUCUUGAAACGAUUGUCUCAUCUUCCACGUGCGAGUGUAAGAAACAGACCGUAUUCAACUACCUUCAGGAGUUGAAGAGAAUAAAAGUUUGGCCUCUGGAGUCCACGCUCCAAGACACCAGCGCCUGUGACAUGGUCGAGCGUUGUAUCAACUUCGACGAGACGAAUAUGUCUCCUGGAGGCGGAGGAACCACUCGGCCAUCAUUUAUCCACUGCGAUCACAAAUGGAAAGCGCUCUUGGUCCAAAUUCAUUACACCGUUCUAUCACUAUUCGAUGGAUUGUGUCUCGAUUGCAUGGCCCGAGCGACGAAUCCAGGUGUUGAGGAGCAUAUAUAUGUGGAUGACAAUGAUUAUGACACGCAUUGUCGAAUUCGCAUGGGGAAGCAACCUGGCACUUUUCAUCCAUAG